AGAACGCCCUUCAUUUUCUCCUCCAAACUCUCUCAUAUUCCACACAAUCUCAUUCCACCCUACAAAUUUCACCUCUCAAGACUCCAAAAAACAAGGAUCUCCAUUCUAUUUCUUAUUCUUACAACUCUCAUUGAUCAUCUUUGCUUCCUCUACCUCUUCACAAUUCACAAGGCCCGACAUUCUUUGGUGGCAAAAUGGCAAAUUCAGCAUCUGGAAUGGCUGUUAAUGAUGGAUGCAAGCUGAGGUUCCUGGAACUAAAAGCGAAGAGGAGCCACCGAUUUAUCGUGUUCAAGAUCGAAGAAAAGACUCAACAAGUGGUGGUUGAGACAUUGGGAGAACCUCAACAGAGCUAUGAUGAUUUUACUGCCAGUUUGCCAAUCGAUGAGUGCCGAUAUGCUGUCUACGAUUUCGAUUUCACCACUGAUGAGAAUGUUCAGAAGAGCAAAAUCUUCUUCGUUGCAUGGUCUCCUGAUGCAUCGAAGAUAAGGAGCAAAAUGUUGUAUGCUAGUUCAAAGGACAGAUUCAGAAGAGAGCUUGAUGGGGUUCAAGUUGAGUUACAGGCCACAGAUCCCAGUGAAAUAAGCUUGGAUAUUGUCAAGGAACGAGCGUUUUAAACAAAGGCUUAAUUAGGGUUUCUUACACUUGUCACUAUAAAUUAUUAGUGCCAGAGUUUUUGUACUCUUGCCUUACAAGCCUUAUU